AAUCCUCUUCGCACAAGCAACGCCAUGCGCCAGCUUCAGUGCCAGUGCUGCUGCUUUCCAUCGCCCUCGGCUCCAUCUUCUUGAUGCGUGGGGAGCGAGGGGCGCGAGCCAUGCUGCACUACGAAGAAGAAGAAGAAGAAGAGACGAGAGAAUGAAGACUAUAGGUACUGCUGCUUCUACUACUACUACCACUACUCCUGCUGCUGCUACUAAAUCGACCACUACCACCACUAUUACUACUCUUCCGUCUUCCAUGACGACUGCGACGACUCUCGAUGCGUUCCGGGAACUCUGAGGAAGUGUCAUUUUGUCCGUCAAAGUACCCCCAGAGUGUACAACACGCCAUCGGAAGCUGCAAUGAUGACAGUGUUUCAUGCCGCAAGUAUAUAAAAAGGUCUUGCUUCAGGCAUGAUCCAUCAGGCACUUGACGAGAAGACAAGUAGCGACUUCAAAGGGAGUGUAGCUGCACCUGCCUCCAGUAUAUAAAGUAGUCGCCCCUUGACAUAGUUCGCUCUGAGCUUGCUGAGAAACAUCAAAAUGAACAAGCCCAGGGUCUCUACCCAGUACUCCAUACGUGUUGAUGACAAUCUUGGAAAUCGCGGAAAUCUUGGAACUCGAGAAGCUGCGGUCGCUGCCGAAACCGACGCCAGAUCUAGGCUUGCUCAAGAAGAAGCAGCCAUAGAAAACAAGAUAGUCGACUGGAUCUUAGACGGAGAAUGGCAGUCUCUGCGGCCCAAUUCAGGAAUUUCUGUAGAAGUAAGAGGUAGUCAUGUGUGUGUAGAUUAUCAUGAGGAGUCUGGAUAUCGUGUGUGGGAAUGGCAUGGUCAUUGUAUGAUGUACGAGGAGGGAGAAGGUUACUGUCCGGAGUACAUAUAUGGAAAUUACUUCGAGCCUUUGAUCGAAGAGGAGGAGUAUGAAGAAUACGACUAUGGACCACUAGCUUUAAAUUCCACUGCUAUGAACAGGGGAACACCACUCGGUCUCGGUCUUGGAGGGCUCAUCAGUGGUAUAGAGAGAAGAGGUUCUGUAAGGAAUCAAUAUACUGGAGACUUUAGAAGAGGUAGGUAGAAAACAUACACGAGUGCUGCUGGGGCUUGAGUGGAUCUUAGUAUAUUAAGUAUCCUUCUGUGCCGGGUUAAGACGGUUAGCCUGCACUCGAAGGUACUUGGAGUUGAGCUUCUGGGAUACGUCCUACAUUACCUUCUUUACGUUUUGGCUGCAUAUGCGACCGAGUGGCCAAAGUUAUGAUCAGCAACUCCAUGUGUGGAUGUACUAGUAGAUGUCGUAUCGAGUAGUCUACCUCCCCCACCGGGAAGGUCGUACACUCUUUCUCCAGUCCGAUCAGGAGAGUUAUCUUCCCCUUCCUUUUCCACCUGUUCCAGCAGGAGGGCUCAUCAUAUUCAUUCAAGGACUUUGAUUUUUCCCAAAUCUUUUGUGGAAAUAAACAAACAGGACUUGACUCUC